AUGGCGCUCGAUCUUGAUGCCUGCAUCGAGAAGCUGCUUAACAAGCAGCUGCUCGUGGACACCAUCAUAAAGGAGGUGUGCGAAAAGACAAAGGAGCUGCUCAUGUCCGAGAGCAAUGUCGUGCAUAUUAGUGCGCCGGUCACGGCGAUGCGCCCAAUACGAACUACCUCUUUCUUGGUGCGUGCACACGCGCUCAUAGCAGGCGACUAUGUCGAUCGGGGCCUGUUCUCCGUCGAGACCAUCUCGCUGCUGACAUGCUUGAAACUGCGAUACCCUCACCGUGUGCAGCUGGUGCGCGGGAACCAUGAGAGCCGCGCCGUGACGCAGAUGUAUGGAUUUUAUGCCGAGUGCAUGCACAAGUAUCCCGACUCGAACGUGUGGCAGUACUUUACCGACAUGUUUGAUUUUCUCACGCUCUCGGUGGUGAUUGACAACCGCAUCUUUUGUGUGCAUGGCGGACUCUCCCCGUCGGUGCACUACCUCGACCAGAUCAAGGUGCUCGAUCGCUUCCGCGAGAUCCCGCACGAGGGGCCCAUUGCCGAUCUGGUCUGGUCCGACCCCGAUCCGGACAAGGAGGAGUUUGCCAUCUCGCCUCGCGGCGCCGGAUACACGUUUGGGGCGUCGGUGGUGCGUCACUUUCUCGCGUCAAAUCAGCUGGAGCACAUAUUGCGAGCGCAUCAGCUGUGCAUGGAGGGCUACAAUGUCCUGUACGGCGACUUGCUCAGCACCGUAUGGUCCGCUCCCAACUACUGCUAUCGCUGUGGCAACCUCGCGUCGAUCCUCGAGGUCGGGCCAGACGGCACUCGCCACUUUAAUACGUUUGAGGCGGCCCCGGAGAAUGAGCACGACGGGCCACUGCAGGCAGCGCACGCUCGCAACGAGACGAUCGAGUACUUCCUCUAA